AUGCUCAAAUCGAUAAACACUUUCAUUUUCGGACUUUCACCUGAAGAGAGAGUGCGUAAAUGGCAGUCAAAUCUCCGAAGAGAGCAGCGUGGACUUGAUCGCGAAAUUCGCCAGCUCGAUCAAGCCAUUUCUCGUACCAAAUCAUCUCUUAAGCAGGUUGCUAAACGGAAUGACACAAAAUCAUGUCGUAUAUUAGCAGUCGAGAUAGUUAGAUCUAAUAAGCAGAAAGAGCGCCUUCUCUCAAGCAAAGUACAACUUAAUUCGAUAUCCAUGCAGCUAUCGUCGCAGCUUUCGACGAUUAAAGUUACUGGCAGCCUUCAAAAGAGCACAGAAGUCAUGAAACUGUCCUCAAAUCUCAUUAAGCUACCACAAUUAUCCAGCACAAUGAGCCAGAUGUCUGAGGAAAUGAUGAAGGCAGGUAUUAUGGAUGAGAUGCUGCAGGAUACUAUGGAAGCUAAUGAUGAGGAUGGCGUCGAAGAGGAGGCGGAUGAAGAAGUCGAUAAGGUUUUGACUGAGAUCACCGGUGGAAAACUCUCACAAGUCGGCUCAGUAACUGAUAAGCCAUUGCCUGAGAUUGAAAACGAAAGCGAGCAGGCGAAUGAUGAAGAGUUAGAGAAGAUGCAGAAGCAGUUGGAUGGUUUGUUGAGAGGUUGA